ACGAAAAAAAACAAGUCACACGCACGCAGACAUGAAAGCAUUCGUAUUUGUCGCAGUCGCGAUCUUAGCUUGCGCUCACGCGCAAAGCAUCGACGAGUGUCUACAACAGGAUAGCAUCUCUUGUGUGCAGAAGAGUUUGUUCAGAAAGGCUAAGGAAUUCUUCGACAGCGAAAAUUUGGAAAUCGCCACCGGAGUUAGCCUCGUCAAGUCAACGGCUGACAGGAACUCAAGGAGCGGCAAGAACCUCGUCUACGAGCAGGAAAUUAAUCAAGCUAACGAUGUUGCUGAGAGGCAGAGCGCUCUUGAGAACUUUGUUGGUGAUGAGGUUGGCGACUUCUUCAGCGGACGCAGCUUGAGGAUCAACUUCUCUCCCGUUUUCACUAAAAUUAGUGAGUCCGCUCGAGCUCUCAGCGAAUCUAUUCCCGUCGAAAUCAAAGAAGCUGCCAACGAGGUCGUUGAAGGCCGAGGCAAGAAGAAGAUGCUGAAGAAGAUCCUUCCCCUACUUUUAUUGGCCAAAGUUAAAAUUGGUGCCCUCGCCGUACUUGGAUACUUCGCUAUUGCAUUGAUCGCCAAGAAGGCAAUCAUCGCCUCCAUCAUAUCCAUCGCCAUUUCCGCAUUCCUUGGUUUGAAAUCACUCUGGGCUAAGCAAUCGGGCCAUGACACGACUGGCUACUCAUCAGGCUGGAACACCGCUAGCGCUGGUGGUUGGGCAGCACCCGUACAGUCUGGUGGAUGGUCCUCGGUCGCUAGCACCGGUGGUUGGGACGACGCUUCAUCGUACAACGCACACAGCCAAGCAUUCUCUGGCUAUCAUCGUCGCUAAGUCUUCCACUCGAAAUAUACCUUGAGAUUCAAUAUUCCUUUUGCGCCUUUCGAGCGAUGAUUGUUGUUUCCAUGUUUAGCUUUGUUUUCCUUUUCUUCCGAGUGAAAGCCCGCGGACGGCAAAAUGAGGUUACAGGCUGGCACGAAUUUUUUUUCUUCGAAAAUCGACGAUCAGUCGCGUCGAAAGGCAACGGAGCAUUGAACUUUGGGCAUUAUAUAUCGAUCACGUGACUGAUACGAGCUGAGUACCCAAGAUGAGCCAUAUUUAAAACAAAACAUGAUAAGAAGCGAGAGAGAUUGAAUGCGAGAAUGCGCGCAAAAUAUUUAUUUGUCACUUAAUUAUUAAUUUUUUUCUUUUUUUUUAAUUAAUAUUAUUAUAUUUGUUAUUUAUCGAUCGAUCGCGGACGUCUGCCGAGCGAUUCAAAUAUCCCGUCCAUUGUCCAUGUACAUAUUUAUUGAAAAACGAUCGCUCGCGGACGCGUGCACACAUCACAUAUACACGCUACUGACAUACA